ACUUCAAUCAAACAGAUAAAUAGUGAGUUGAACUUGUAAAGGAAUCAACUAGUUAAUAAACAGUUGAACAAAAAACUAAUUAACAUGAAGUCAAUCCGAAUUGUUGGUUUACUUUUAUUGGGACUUGUGUCCGUUAAUUGUGCUAAUUGUGACCAUGACAAUUUUCCUAAUCAAAACAACUCGCCAACAAAUUCAAAGUUGAAACCACUGAUCAACGGAAACAAAUUGAUUGACGGAGCUUCAAUUGACCGAUUAAAAUGUCUAUUAACCACGCAAUUUAAUCAAUCACGGAAUCACUUAGUUAAUCCAGUUAACAAGGAAGCAACUAGAAAAUUUUUAAUCAAUGAGAUGAAAAAAUAUACCGAUGAAUUAGUAAUUCAAACAUAUGAUCAACCAGGUGAGGUAAAUGUGAAAGGCUCCAACAUAAUCGGCUUAAUUGCUGGAACUCGUCGUAAUCAAAGUGACGACAAUUUGAUUUUAAUCGGCGCUCAUUAUGACACCUAUUUGAAUGGUCCAAACGAUAUCACUCCAGGAGUUAAUGACAACGGCUCUGGAUUAGCGGUUCUACUUGAGGUCCUGCGACUUGUGUCCAAUAAGAUGACCAGUCAAUCGUAUCGACCAAUUAAUUCAAUCAUGUUUGUGGCCUUUGAUUUCGAGGAAUAUGAUUACACUGGAAGUGAUUUAUUCGUUAAUCAACAUUUAAUUCCUCACGAAUUGAUUGCUAAAUCAUCAUUCCAAGGAGCCUUCAUCAUGGAUACAAUUUUAUAUUACAAUUCAACAAUUGGAUCUCAAUCUUUUCCCAAGAAGUUAAUUUGGUAAUUAAUUGCCCCAGAAGUAGCAGAUUUGAUCAAGGAAAAUGAUUACAAGGGCGACUUUUUAACUUUAAUUGCUCGUCAAUCAAUUGAUUCACAAUUAACUCAAAGUUUUACUAAAUCAUGGAAACAAGUUGAUCAUCAGGGUAGAUUUAAGGUUUUCCCUGUUCAAUUACCAACAACGACUGAUUUAAUUGGUCAAUUUCUCAGAAGUGAUCAUGCUAAUUUCUGGUUCCAUGAUUUUAAUUCUUACAAUCAACAACUUCCUGCUAUUUUCCUCACAGAUACUGGUAAUUUCAGAGGAAUCAUGAGUCAAUGUUACCAUCGAGCCUGUGACGAUCAGAGACUAAUUAACGAUGAUAAUUUAUUCUGGCUCACUCAUAUUACUAACACUUUAUAUUCAACAAUUAUCUCGUUGAGUCAAUAAUUAUAUUGGAACCAAUUGGUUCAACUGGUUGGCUGUUUAUUUUUCAAUGUAAUUGAUUUUUUUAACUGAAUCAAUAUGGUGGAUCAAUUUGUGAACAAUUAAAUAGCAACAAAAGUUUAAUACAAAAGGAAA